AUGAAACGCGGCCUACUUUAGCUCCAAUAACACGGCGAGUCUGAUUCUGUAAAUUGUGGAAAGCAGAACUAGUUUUUUUUUUUUUUUUGCUUUUCCAAACGACCUCAACCGGUAGAACAACAAGCAAGGCAUCGAGAUUUCUGUUACUUUAUUUUUCUCCAGCCGAUUCGCGAUGAAUCUUCUCCACUGCCACGCCGAAGUCCGCACCGCCCUCGCUGCCGCGGCCGCCGUAUUCUGCUCCAGCCACGGCGCUACCCCAUUCGCUGGCCGAGGGAGGAGUGAGUGGCGGCCCGCGGUCUCCUUUCGCCCGAUAGUCUCCCCCCGCGUUGCCCCUUCUCUGAGGUCGUUCUCCGUUUCGAACGACGCCCUCGCUGCUGUUCCCGCGGCCGUGAAGGAGGGCGAGAAACCGGCGAUUUGCACCGCGGACGAGCUCCACUAUGUCCCGGUCCCUGGCACCGAGUGGAAGCUCGCUCUCUGGCGUUAUAGACCGCCUCCUGAGGUACCGAAGAGGAAUCAUCCCUUGAUGCUGUUGUCUGGGGUUGGCACUAACGCGAUCGGAUUUGAUCUUUCUCCAGGGGCUUCAUUUGCUCGUCACAUGUCUAACCAAGGUUUUGAUACAUGGAUAGUUGAAGUGAGAGGCGCCGGAUUGAGCAAACGUGCAGAUGAGUGGAAGGCGGUUGAUGAUCCUUUAAUUAAGCCUGUUAUAUCAGUUGCUAAUUCUGUUGAUGCAGCUAAUCAAAAGGGUGUUAUGUCAGCUGGAGUAGAAUUGGUUGGGAAUUCUGGUUCUAUGCCAGAUCCUAAAAGUACAAAUGUUAUGCCAGUUGGAGAAAAGAUGGUUGGGAACUCCAGUUCUUUGCCAGAUCCUAAAAGUACAAAUGUAAAUGGGAAAAUGGUCGAUAGUUUUACUUGGAAUGAAUCAAAAUUGGUAACUGAGCUAAGUGAUACUUUUAUGCGCUUGGCUGAAAGACUGUCCGGUUAUCUAAAUGAAGGUCAAUUAAGGGAUAUCUCAGAUAAGUUCUUUGAUCAAAUUUCAAAACUUCUGGAAGACACCCGACUAUCUGAGCGCUUCAAUGAGAUCACAGAAAACAUAUCCACUUUGCUAGAAACAAGACAGAAUUCUGCUUUUGCUGAGCAAAUAAAGGAUCUGAGUCAACGCUUAAUAAAUGUGAUUGAAGAAGGUCAUCGAUCAGUUUCUCCUCAGCUGUUUGACUUGCAAGAGCGCCUUUCAACAACCAUACAAGACUUUGAGAAUCAGCUUGAUUUAAUUGUGACUUAUAACUGGGACUUUGAUAACUACUUGGAGGAAGACAUACCUGCUGCGAUGGAAUACAUAAAUCUUGAGACUCAGAGUAAGGAUGGAAAGUUGCUAGCGAUUGGGCACUCUAUGGGGGGAAUCUUAUUAUAUGCUAUGCUAUCCAAAUAUGCCUAUGAAAAUAGAAAACCUAAAUUGGCUGGAGUAGUUACUUUGGCAUCUUCUGUCGACUACACAACCUCUAAAUCAUCACUGAAAUUGUUACUACCACUUGCUGAUCCUGCGCAGGCUCUUAAUGUUCCUGUUGUCCCUUUAGGAGCUUUACUAGCAGCUGCCUAUCCUUUAUCAUCUAGACCUCCAUAUGUUCUGUCAUGGCUUAAUGAUCAAAUAUCAGCACAGGAUAUGAUGCACCCUGAGUUGUUUACAAAGCUUAUCUUGAAUAAUUUUUGUACUGUGCCUGCCAAAGUGAUCCUCCAGCUAACUACUGCUUUCCGCGAUGGAGGUCUUUGCAACAGAACUGGCACUUUCUUUUACAAGGAUCAUCUGCACAAGUGUGCGGUGCCUAUCCUUGCUCUGGCUGGAGACCGAGACAUGAUAUGCCCUCCUGAAGCUGUGUAUGAAACUGUUAAAGUCCUUCCAAAGAAAAUGGGCAGCUAUAAGGCCUUCGGGAAACCUAAUGGCCCACAUUAUGCUCACUACGAUCUAGUUGGCGGCCGACUGGCUGUUGAUGAAGUCUAUCCUUGCAUUAUACAGUUUCUUUCUCUCCAUGAUUCUUUAUCGCCAUCCACUUCAACUUAACAUCUAGGGGACUAUUUACCUGAAAAGUUACGUGAAGAAACCAUACCACAAACUUGAAAGGUUAGGGUUGCAUCAUACACCUUUGGUUCUAAUACAUAAUUAGUCCUAAGGUUUGACUCUUGAUUCAGAUACCAACAGAAAAAGUAAAUGUUUUACUAAAUUUUAGAAAUUCGUACAGUUUUUUUAAUUAUAAAUGAUCUCCUUUUCCCCUUAAA